CAUGGAGACGCCUCUGGAUGUGCUGUCGAGAGCCGCGUCCUUUGUUCAUGCCAACGAAGAAGAGACAGACCUUCCUGGCUCCAGUUGGAGUGGAACACGACAGGGCUCAAUUCGAUGAGCAGCUCCGUUGUCUUUGAGGAGCAACUCUGUCCACAUUAGGGAUAAAGGAUUAGAGCCAUUUCAGUGAGAAGACCGAAGGACGGAACACGAGCACACACCUUCACAGCAGAACGUGGUUCUACAGAGAGCCAAUCCGUGCACUACAAUGGAUGACUGUUAUGAAGCCAGCUGAGGUGGUGGAUGCUAAAGAUGGAAUAGCUCAAUAACCAUGUUCUGGAGCUGCUGCAUCUGUCACCAGGCUCAAUAGUCACGCGUCGCACUUUGACCUCUCCUGUGCUGGUCUUUGGUCAUAGUCAUCCGGCCACUGAUGGUCCAAAUAUCAAAUGGCGUCUAUGGGUGGAGAAAAUUGAUCAUUGAUUCAGACCCUCAGACAUUGUAAUCCAGUCAGGAAACGGGUCCGAUGAUGUCACACGUCAGAGCGAGUCCACCAGGAGAGAGUGCUGCUCCGUUCUGACUUGACUUGAGCGUCAGGGUUCUUCAGGGGUUGCAGCAAAGACAUUGACUGAAUCUUAAAACAGUUUGUGUUGUGCCAGUGACACACAGGAAGGAAGCGUAUGCAGAGCGAUGUUCGCUGGGCAUUUGGCUAUUCAGCGCCAGUACACGGAAAAUGUCUGUCAGGGAACUUAUUGACAGCUUGAGCCUGUCAAGGCUUGUCCAUGUUUCGGGUUGGCUUGUGAGAAGAGGAACCCACACCUGUGAAAUCAGGGAUCUUCCGUCAUGACACUUUGCUAAUCUUGGCUGCAGGCACUCAUUAUACUGAGGCUUUCUCUGUGCUGGAGAAGGGUGUGUGUGCUGCAUCAUCGAUCUUCUGCAGGGAGUGGCUGUGCCCCGCAGCUGUCGGAGUAGCACCGGCAGCACUACUCACACAGCAGCUGAGGUGGAGCAGCCUUCAUCAAGUAGCCAUGGGCCAUGUGGAGCCACAAAGUUAUCACCCGAAAUGUUGUCAUGUCUGCGAUAAGGACCAGGAUGAACCCACGUUCCUUCUCCUCCAUGUGUCGGACGCUACAGUCUCUCUGUUGGAUGAUGGAACUCAGGAGUGGAGUUUGUCUCCAGCAUCAAUAGAAGAGUGAAGUCUGCAGUGCAGAGAUGAGGAGCUCAAUGUUUCAGGUCUCUGGUAGAAGCCGCUGGUGUCUGACAGGCUGCUCUGCCAGCUUUAUUUAGGGCUUCAAUGGAGCCGUCUGUCUGUCUGCUGUGUCUCAUGUCUCUGAACAGUUGAACUAUGGAGCAGUCUGGACACAGUUCCUAGAUGCUGCUGGAGAAACCAUCAGGUGAAGAAAUGACCAUGGAGUCAGAGUCUAUUCUCCAGGUCAUGAUCCAAACUGUCAGUCCUUUGUCUUGUGUGGUGAAAAACCUUGUCACAGUUCUCUCUCUCUCCUAAAAUGCUUGUUUUCCAUGGCCUUAUUGAAGAUGUCACUCAGACUUUGAGGCUUUAGAAUUUGUUGAUGGUCCCUAACUGAUGGCGGCUCCUAGCAUUAGCGCUGCCUGUGAGAGUGUGUCCUCCAUCAGUGAAGCCUCAUGGGGACGCGGAAGAGGACGCCGCCGCCACCAAUACGUCCAAUAUCCAAGUGUUUUGACCAGGGUGUUUGGCUGAGGCGCCAGCCUGGUGAACUCUGAAAGAGUAAUAGCAUUUCCCAUCAUGUGUAAAUACGAAUAGCAUUGUCUUGAAAUAACUCCUUCAUUUGUAUUUCUCACCUGAGCGGUCCGUCAGGAUGACGUCACACUGUCAAGAGAGCGGCAGGGAGGAGGGGUGAGGAGCUCAGCCGUCCAGCGGAGGCUGCUGCAGCAGCAGUCGUCUCAGGGACACCUCCCUGCUGGGGUCGGUCUAAUGUGGAGGAGGCGUCAGAGCAGAAGCAGGACCACUGGAGAGAAGAUUGAUAGGUUCAGCCCUGCUGGGAACAUCUCUUUAGAACAGUGACUGUGGCUAAAUGACGAGCCUGAAUCAAGUCAGCUUUAUUUACUGAAACGCUGUGUGCAUUUCCAGAGUUCUGAUGCACUUUGAGCCGCACAUUUAUGGCAAUAUAGCAGUGAGUAUAGCAGUGGCUCGAGGCAACCUUUGGGUCCGGCUAUCGCAGAUUAGAACCCUUGCUCUUCAAGAGCUGCAUUUUUGAUUAUUAUUGUUGACAUUUCAUGCUGAAUUGAGUUAUUGGUGAGUAAACUAAAAGCCAUCCGUCCUUCCUCAUUAUUCAGCUGAAAUAAGGCACAUGUUGGGUUUGGAACCCUGACUGGUUCUGUGAGGGGCGUGCCUCAUCUGAUCUGUAAGAAUCUUAUGAGGGUUUUUUUUUUUCUCUCUUUGCUCCAUUUUUUCUUGUUUCUUUUAACCAGAAAGCUGAUGCAACUCAGCCGACAGGAACAUGCGACUCAUGUCACAGUUCAGCCAUUUGCAUUUAGACGAGAGGCGUUAUUCUGGUCACAAGGUCGAGGGGUCAAGUGUCAACAGGUCACGGACUCCAGUCACAAGGCUAACGACAAUUAACCCUGGCUGCUCCCGGAACUGGAUUUUCGUUGGCACAUGGAUCAGGAAACGUCCGGUCUGUUGUGUGUCGUGUGUGUGUGUAGUUUUGAGAAAAUAGAAUUCCCUCUGUAAAUGCCAUGCAUGGUCCAGUUACAACUCUGUACAAGUUUCUACAUUCCUUUCUUUCUGAUAGCAUUCACCAUAGCUACUGUGAAGCAAAUGGCUGGGGAUUGUUUGGCUGCUGGUGAUGUGGAAGUGAACUUUGUGUCGCUGGGAAAGUGGCUUCAUGGAGGAGGAGACGCCUUCUUUUCAAAGAUAGCUGGUGGUUGGGUGUGAGUUUUUGCACCAUUUCCAAUCAUCUAAGAGAGGAAGAAAACACGUCUUGUUUUCACUGGUGUCGGUGAAGCUGAGCCAGGUGGAGGAGGCAGCGGCCUGACUCCCUCUGCCCUGCAGGCCUCCUCUCUCCGUGUUGUCUGGGGUCUGCCCCAGGACCUCCUCUCAGCUCACCAGGGAGGCGUCCUGUGGCAUGGGUUCAACUCCGUCUGCUCUUCCUGCCUCUGUAACAUGCAGAGCGGGACUGCUGAUUGUUUUACUGUAAACAGUGUAAUGACAUCUUAUUUAGCUCCUUACCUGGGAAGGAAAUGACGCUUACAAUCCAUCAGCAGGCAAAGUCUAGUCAACCUCUGGCCUCCUGCAGGCUUCCAUUCAGUCACGACACUUGGAAACGUGGGGAUGAAUCAGCGGCCGUGUUUUGUCUCCCGACACACCUUUGCUGUAGAGAUGCACAGACCUGUUCUGUGAGGCACCACCCACAGCUCUGUCCCUCCCCAGGUGGAAAUCGAGCUGCAGUAAGCAACGCUGCGAUGAGGCUGGAAACAUGCUGCAGGUACAUGUGGCCGAGUGCAGAAGAGCAUUGUUGGGACCUGUCAUGUCUCCCUUCCUCACUCAUGUGUGUUGGCGUCUUCCUCGCCGGCUCAUUUCCGAGCGUGUGGUGCAUGUUUCCCUCGCACACUUUUGAAAUCUCCUCUCAUCGCCAUCAUCACAAAAGACUCUUUUCCUGCCACGUUUCAUUGUCAUCACUUGGAAUGACUCCACUGUCGUGCGGUUUGGCUUCAACUGAAUCGGCAGUGUGACGCCACUGAACGACUGUCUGUCUGACAGUUGUGUUGCAGUAGCAAUGUGCACGUGUCUCAUCAGACAAGAUGCAACAACCGUGUUAUCAAACCAAGAGCCUGUCGGGCGAAGCAGUUCAUGAGGUGGACACAAGAUGGCAGCAGAGCGUCGUCAAGAACGUUUCCGCUUCCUUUCGCCGUCCAUCUGGCGUUUGUCGGACGUCACACACGUGCGCAACUUAUAUUGUUAUUAUUAUCAUUCCGAAUAUGUUCCUAGUGUUUGGGUGCGGUUGGGUUAGAUGUGCCUUCCGUGUCCCGUCAGUGGGGAACUGCGCUCCUGCGGUCCAUAAUGAUGAUGCAGAUCGUGUGAUCCGAGCUGUACUGUACUGUACUGUACUGUACUGUACUGUAGGGUCAGGGUCGGGGUCAUGGCGACUGGAGCGGCGCCGCUGCUCGGAAACGUGUCUGACGACCGAGGCGCUGCAGCAGGCGCAUGCGCAGUGCUCCGCAGCCGCAGGCUCGGGAGGCUCGUGCUCGUCGUGUGCGUGUCAGGGCAGUCGACUUGCAGCUGGCUGUGAGGAGAACUGACGCCACUUCGACUCUUACGAUUCUGCAUUUUUCUAACGAGCCACAGUGUCCAGAACCACUGGAACUGGGAGUUUUGUUUUGUUGUUGUGGAACUUGGGAGCGCGCGCGCGCGCGGAAGUUUGAGGCUGAGCCUUGACUUGGUGUUUUGUCUGUAGAUGAAAGGAGCGUCUCUCUCUCUCUCUCUGUGUGUGUGUGUGUGACACACUGCCUCAUGCUUCUGUCGGAAAUGGACCUGUUGAACUACCAGUACCUGGACAAGACCAACAACAACAACAUGGGCGUCCUCUGCUACCAAGGUGAAGCAGCUUUGAGGGGAGACCCCAGACUUCAUUCCCUGUCCCUGUCCUCAUCCUCCUCCUCGUCAUCUUCUUCCUCCUCUUCAGUCUCCAGCCACAGAACAGGUCCUCCUCCCAUCAGCCCCACCAAGAGGAAGCUGAGUGGAGACCAGUGCGACAGUGACUUGGACGACAGCGAACAUGUGGCCAAGAUGAGCCGACUGUUUGCUGCACAGCUGAAACCCGCUGGGGACUACCGCUCCUCCAGGGACGCCCGCCUGGUGCUGCCCGGCGCCCUGGGAGUGCACCAACCCUGGCACGCCCACCAUCAGCACCUGGCUAGCCUGGAGCAGCCGCUGGCCCUCACCAAGAGCAGCAGAAGCAGCUCGGCCGCUCCGUCGCUCCCUCACGCGCUCGGCGCAGCGGAGCGUCAGCAGAAUCGCCCCUCGGUCAUCACCUGCGCCCCGGCCAGUAACCGCAACUGCAGCCUGUCUCACUGCCCGCUCUCCCACCCCGCCAGCUACCGCAGGCUCCACGCUGGCGUCUCCUGCGACCCCGUCAUCGAGGAGCACUUCCGGCGCAGCCUGGGGAAGAACUACAGACAGGCCGAGGCCGGCGCCACCAACUCCGUCUCCAUCACGGGCUCGGUGGACGACCACUUCGCCAAGGCGCUGGGUGACGCCUGGCAGCAGAUCAAGAACAAGGGCAGCCCCUCCUCGUCCGGCAGCAGCCCAAACUCCUCCCCCGACAGUCACAUGAUCAGCCACUCCCCCUCCGUGGUGUCGUGAAGCCCCAGGUGGGAGGUCGUCUCCCGCGCGGCCUCUAGUUCUUUGUACAUAGAUUUGUGACGACGGCUUUGGUUCCAACCCCCGUCCCCAAGCGGAGGCCCCGCCCACAUCCUGUUUGGGUGGCAGCGCAGGAGGCGUGGCUUGUUGAUGCUGGGUUGGGACCCCAGGACAGGAGUCCACAGGUGUCCAUGCGCCCCCUGCAGUCACAAACACCACUGGCCUAACGCGCCGACGCCCCCUUCAGUCCGUGCCUUCAUCCUCUGCCCCAUCGAGACAACGGUACCAAGUACCAAGUGGACUCUCACCUCCAUCCAUCCAUCCUAAACACUCGGACUGUACAACUUGCCAUUUCACUGAGAUCGUGUUUGUAGUAAUAGCUGGUCUCUAUUCUCCAAGCAUUUCAGUCGGACGUCAGUUUGUUGGUAACAAACGUAGAAAGUCACUGCUGGCUCAGUCCUACUCGUCGCAGACGCGGCGUGGCUCCUUUCUAACGCCCGAGUCGUGAGGGAGGCGUGGCUGGCAUCUGUCUUUCCAAGCGCUGGUCCCUCCGCGCUGCCGCACCUGGAACAGGCUCACAUUCCGACGGGUGGCUUUCCCGGGCCCAGUCUCAGUUUGGGUCGACAUUUCCUCAAGGUUAGCUUGCGUUGACAUGCAGUCAUCAAUAUGCUAAGCUAAUGUUGCGCAUGAACUUGUGUCAAGGUCACCAGCGCCAGGUUGGCAGGAUCUUGCAGGGCUGCAGGAAGGGAAGCAGGGGUGGGGGUGGGUUGUGAGCCAGGGUUAGGGCUCGGUCAAACCUGAGCAACAGCGUCUCCAAGUGAGUCGCGCAUGUCGUGACAAGGUGAAUGCGCGGCAGGAGAGGCUCGGCACCAGUUAGCACUCCAGACGGGAGCCGCAACACCGCCAUGUUCACGCCCGACCCAGCCGGAUUGCCUUGGUCUUCAGCACGAGCCGGCCACACGCUGGAGCGAGCUUCACGCAUGCAAACGCAGACGAAGCAGGGUCAGUCACGUGGCCUCCCGGUGUGCGCCCGCUGGCCUCUGCUCCUCGUGUCCACACAUUCCAUCCUCCAGAACUUUGGGUGCUGCCUCUGACAGUGGGAGCAGUGCAGGUUCAGGAGCUGAGCUUCUGCAGUCUGGAGGGCAUCCCCUCUUCCAUGCUAGUAACCUGGAGACCGUCAUUACGCUGUGCGUAACGCGUGUACAGAGAGGAAAGCUCAGGUCUCUUCUGAGGACUCGUGGGCUCAUGACAUGGAGCUACUAGCAAGUUUUCCUCGGUAGUAAUCAUUUCCUCUUUUUUUGUGAAAAAGUUGACCUUUUUUUGUGUGGAGUCGCAGAGUGAAAGUUCAAGUGCAGGAACACAAUGGUGUGAAGCCACUGGUCGGCUGACCACUGCUCCUUCCUUCCGUCUUCCUGCUCAGUCACGGUGAGAGUGAAACUCUGACGGAGGCGAGUCCUGCUGCACGACUCCGCCCUCCUCCUCCUCCAAGAAGCAGCAGCCGAGGGUGACAGCCGCGAGGCUCCGUGUCUCCUACUGAAAAGGUUUUGGCAGGCCACCUUUUUUUGUACGCAGCGUAGCCCUGAUGAACAAUAAAGUUUCCAACCACGACUCACUGACUCGCCUCCUCUCCGCCGCACACAUCACACUUUGGUCGGAUUCAGCGUGAAAAGGGAGCCCGGCGCCUGCUGUGGCUCUGGAGCGACACUUUAUUAGGACAUGCAGCGGCAGACGCUGGUUUACACACAUCCCUGUGACAGAGACACGACACACUUCAGAAGAUACAAAGAUCACGUUUACGUCAUUGGCUGCGGCUCAUGAUCGGUGACGUCGGCAGAAGCGACUCCCUCUGGUUUGUGAUGGAUGCUCCUCAGAUGCUGUCGUCAUCGCUCAUGUCCCAAAUCUGGAAAAGACAGCGCAUGUACGUUGAGAGGAAGGUCUCACCAUAGAAGCUCGAUUCACACGGCGCUCCUCAGAAAACAGGCUCGGCUGCACACCCUGACCUUGAGCGGCCCUCCCUCACCAGAGAGACGACCUGUGCUUGGUUCAGCUCCUUCACAGAAGUGUGUCAGCACACAGGGUCUGGCCUCCGAUGGCAGCAGAUUCCUCACAUUCUCUGGGAGCGACACGCACUUCACAAACCUCCGACAGCGUGUGGAAUCUUACACACGGCUGUGACACAGCUGCGCCAAAGAAUGUUCAACUCCUGGGAAAGCAAGUGGAAGGAGGGAGACCGAGUGUGCGCCGGUGUCGGUACCACAUGUGUCCCACCUGCCGCAGGGCGAUGACGUCACAUCUGCCAUAAAGGAUAUCUUUUUUUUUUAAUGUUUCAGUGAGCCAGAGGAAAUUGAAAUAAAAGGAUUUCAAGGCGAUUUCUACCACAUGCGUAGCAUUUAUUAGGAAUCGUUUGCCAAGUUUCCGUCCAUUCUUCUCCGCAGUCUGCGGAACAACGGGUCGUGACUGGCUGACACGUACGGAGCUUUGUUUCUCCUCGAUAUCGCACAAGAAAUCACUACAGUCUCCACAGCAGGCACUUCAACACCUCCAGAUACAUUUGUCUUCAUUUGCCAGGGAACAUAUGCAGCUAUGAAGGAGUUUUCACUCCUGACACAUCGCUCCUACCACU